GUCCGGUCGAACUGGAGGGACACUGGGGCCGAAAGCUGUACGGGGCCAGCGUGGCGCCACCGCCACCACCGCCCCAUCACCACCCCCGAGCGCCACUGGUCUUCGCGCCCCAGGACAUGAGGCAGAUCCUCAAGGAGGAACCCGUGCCACGAGCCUGGCCUCAAGCUUCCAUCACUGAUAACGGAUCAGCCGUGAUCGGAAGGGCGCACUUCGAGAAGCAGCCGCCGAGUAAUCUACGAAAGAGUAACUUCUUCCACUUUGUUAUCGCCCUCUACGACCGAACGGGUCAGCCGAUAGAGAUCGAGAGAACGGCCUUCAUUGGAUUCGUCGAGAAGGAUCAGGAAUCCGAGGGCCAGAAGACGAACAACGGGAUCCAGUACCGCCUCCAGCUGCUGUACUCCAACGGCGUCAGACAGGAGCAGGACAUCUUCGUCAGGCUGAUCGACUCGGUGACCAAGCAGGCGAUCAUGUACGAGGGCCAGGACAAGAACCCCGAAAUGUGCCGAGUGCUGCUCACCCACGAAGUCAUGUGCAGCCGAUGCUGCGACAAGAAGAGCUGCGGCAACAGGAACGAGACUCCCAGCGACCCCGUCAUCAUCGACCGCUUCUUCCUCAAAUUCUUCCUCAAGUGCAAUCAGAACUGCCUGAAGAACGCGGGCAAUCCCAGGGACAUGAGACGCUUCCAGGUCAUCAUUUCCACUCAAGUCGGAGUCGACGGUCCACUGCUGGCCGUCUCGGACAACAUGUUCGUCCACAACAACAGCAAACACGGCCGCAGGGCGAAACGACUAGAUCCCAGCGAUCCUGGCGAGUACAACAGUCUCUAUCCGCCGCUGCAGAUGGCGACGCCCUGCAUAAAGACGAUGGCGCCAAGCGAGGGUUGGACAUCGGGAGGACAGUCGGUCAUUAUUCUCGGAGAUAACUUCUUCGACGGGCUGCAGGUCGUUUUCGGAACUAUGCUCGUUUGGAGCGAGCUGUUAACGCCACACGCAAUCAGGGUACAGUCACCGCCACGGCAGAUCCCGGGCGUAGUCGAGGUCAUACUGUCCUACAAGGGCAAGCAGUUUUGCAAAGGCGCCCCCGGUAGAUUCAUCUAUGUCUCGCUGAGCGAACCGACAAUCGCCUACGGCUUCGAGAGGCUACAGAAGCUGGUGCCCCGGCAUCCGGGUGACCCUGACAAGCUGCCGAAAGAGAUAAUAUUGAAGAGAGCUGCCGACCUGGCGGAGGCGGUUUACAGCAUGCCGAGAUCGUCGAACGCCUCGGGCAUCACGUCCUCGGCGCCGAGGAGUCCGGGAUCGAGUCACGCGGCACAGCCUCCGACAUCGAGUUCCGCCACGGCUUUCAACUCGUACACGGGCCAGCUGGCGGUCACUGUGCAGGAAAACGGCACGUCGUCGAAGUGGACGGACGACGGCGGUACAUCGGUAACCACGGGAGCCGGUAGUGGGGGUGGUAACAACGGCAACAACAACAACAAUGCCAACAACAAUAGCGGCGGCAACGGACCUGGAAGCAACGGGGGCAGUGCAAACGCCAACCCCGACGCUUACCGACAGAGUAGCAGUGCCAGUCCUCGAGGUGUCGUUUCCAGCGGUGGGGGCUACUGUGGAAGUUCCGCCAGUACGCCCCAUAGUCAUAGCACCAGUGGAAGCUACUCCGUCGCCAAUCCUUACACCGGCAGUCCGACGCUUUACACCUCUCCGCACGAACAGUACGGAAUUUUCUAUUCGUCCGGGGACAGCAGUGCUUUCGCCCCCGUAGUCCGACCACCGACCACCUCAGUCCCACCGCACUGGUCCACACAGCACCACCUCGCUACGGCAGCCCAGUAAACUAGCGAACAAAAUCACAAAUAAAAAAAAAAAACAACAACAACAAAAAAAACAGUAAAAUACCAUCACCGACACCGACAACCAAACAAUUUCUCGCACAUUGACAAAA